CCGGCUUCUUCUUCUCUUACUUCACCCUAAAAAAUUAAAAAUUAUAGCGGAAGGGUCGGUAGGUCAAAGCACAGUGUGAAAUCGCACAUUCCUGAAAAUCAAACCAAAACAGCAGCCGAAAUAUCAAGAAGUAAAUUCUCUAGGGUUUUUUUCCCACGAUUUUGAACCCUGAUCGACAUGGAUUCGAAAUCGAAGCGGAGCCUUGUGUUGGCUAUUACGGAUGAUGCAAGUAACGCCGUUAGUUCGCUAAAUGCAAUUUGGGACUUUGAGAACGAAGACCCCAAACGCUUCGACCCUCUAAUUAUUAUGCAAGCUUCUUCUUUAGUUCGGCUGCCACUAGAAUCAUCCUAUGUAGACAUGGUCAUUUUCAUCUCUAGGUCAGAUGAAUUUCCUGUUGAUGAGUUGUAUGCUGAAAUCUUUAGAGUUUUGAUGCCUGGUGGGAUGCUGGUGGUUUACGGGACUUUGCAGUCUGGGACAAAUGAAGCAGAUAUGGUAAUGUCUGCUAUUGAGCGCAAGUUACUAUUGGCAGGAUUUUUAGAAGGAAAAUGUUUUCAACUAAAAUCAGUUGCUCAGUCUUUUGGGGUUAAGGCUAAGAAGCCGUCUUGGAAGAUUGGGUCUUCUUUUGCUAUUAAAAAGACCAAGAAAAAUCCAUUGAAAAUUCAGAUUGAUGAUGAUUCAGAUCUCAUUGAUGAAGAUUCCCUCUUAACUGAAGAGGAUUUGAAGAAACCCCAAUUACCACCUGCUGGUGACUGUGAAGUUGGAAGCACAAGGAAAGCCUGCAAAAACUGCACUUGUGGAAGGGCCGAACAAGAGGAGAAAGUGCAGAAGCUGGAACUGACUAUGGAUCAGUUGAACAAUCCUCAAUCAGCUUGUGGCAAUUGUGGACUAGGUGAUGCAUUUCGCUGCAGUACUUGCCCAUAUAAGGGUCUUCCACCAUUCAAGCUGGGCGAGAAGGUAUCUCUAUCAGGGAACUUUCUAACAGCGGACAUUUGAACUCGAAGGGAUGGCUUUUGGGCGAAAUUUUAGAUUUUAGAUACUUCAAAACAGUCUUGUUGAGUUUUUUUUGGUUUUAUUUUAUUUGCUGUUUGCAAAUCUGCACUUUAUCCAUUGUUUACAAAUUCGGUGCUGAAUCUUGACGAGUGUGAAAGAACAUGCUCUGUUUUUUAUUGGUGAGGGUAAAAUCUCUGUUUUCUGUGAA